AUGUCCUCUCCACUGUCUGCCGAAGAUGACGACAUCUUCGGGCGUCUCCAGCAGCGUGCGGAUCCGAAGGUGCAGGAGGAGCAACAGCAGGCUAUGAACGAACGGGUCCGAGCAAUUUAUCAGAAGGCUCAGACACGGCUCGGGGAAUUGAUCGAUCAAAACUCGACUCUCCCCUGUGCUAUCUCUUCUAUCCAGGUCGUAAAUGCACCCAACACGCGCAGAGGCUUCCUGGAGCGAAUCUUCAACCCAUUGUUGAGCGCGAACAGAAAUAGGCCAUACUCCCUUGCUGAGGCUUUGCGAGAAGUCUCGGCACGCGCCGAAAAGCUUAGCAGAUUCGACCUCUUCCAAGAGCCAAUCCAGGUAUACCUUGACCAGAGUCCGGAUGCAGACGUGAGGUCAGGACUCGCCAAUAUCGACGUCUACUUAGCGGCUAAAGAGAAAUCCCGCGUUCUGUUGAAGACCGGAACCGACCUCGGAAAUACGGAGGGCUCUGCUUAUGGUAACCUUCUCUGGCGCAACGUUCUUGGCGGCGCCGAAACGUUGAACUUAAACGCUUCUUUGGGCACUAGGACAAGGUCGGCUUAUCAGGCAGCCUUUGAAAGCCCUAUCCUUAGUGACCCAGACUUCCGCUUUGAAAUCGGCGGGAUUGCCAGCUCUACCCAGAAGUCUUGGGCAAGUCACGAGGAGGUUGUCAAGGGAGGUUGGAGCAAGCUCCGCUGGCUGAACCGGUCCGGACACCGCCACGAACUUGGUUACAACGGAUUUUGGAGACAGAUGACGGGUCUGGCUGAACAGGCAUCGCCCACCGUUCGCGCAGAUGCUGGAGACAGCGUGAAAAGCAGUGUCUUCCACAGCUGGGCCAACGACCAGAGAGAUAACCCGUUGCUUCCGUCUCGCGGAUACUACGCCAAAACCUUUAACGAAUUAGCUGGUUUGGGUCCAUUGAAAGGCGACGUUUCUUUCUGGAAAUCUGAAGUUGAGACACAGGGAGCCCUGCCGAUCCCAAUCCCGUUCAUGAAAGGUGAUAGUGGCAUCAGCUUCACCACUGGGUUCCGUGCUGGCAUUCUCUAUCCUCUAGGACUUGACUUCAAAUCUCAGCCCCAGUUGUCUCGCGUCAAUGACCGCUUCUUCCUUGGUGGACCUACCGACGUUCGUGGCUUCCGUCUCUGUGGCCUUGGUCCUCAUGAUGGAGCUGAUGCCGUGGGAGGUGACGUGUACGCCGCUGGUAGUGCCAAUCUGCUCUUCCCACUGCCCCGCGUUGGUACUGGGAAGCCCUUACGUCUGCAAGCAUUCGUGAACGGUGGUCGGUUGCUGCCCCUCCGGACCUCGAACCAGAGCACCCCUACCACCAGUGUAGAGGUCCAGGAUGCCAUGACUUCUACAAUCUCGGAGUUGGCCAAUGAAAUGCCUAGCGUCGCUGCUGGCUUUGGACUUGUCUAUGCUCAUCCAGUUGCGAGAUUUGAAUUGAACUUCUCUCUUCCUUUGGGGUUGCGGAAGGGCGAAGAAGGACGAAAGGGGUUGCAGUUGGGAAUCGGCAUCAACUUUCUGUAA